UGCGUAAAGGACCACCAAAAGUAUUCACUCAAGUGAAAAUACAUUUACCCAUCAAACAAACCCUCGUACGGCGGCUUCGAUAAAUAAGGAUACAUUUUAUCGGGGAAAUAAAACGUGAUCGCGAUCACAAAAAAAAAGAUAUAUUUUAUCGGUGGAAUAAAAUUGCCUGAGCUUGGAUAGUGGAUCGUUGGAAUUAUUUUACAAAAACAAUAUCCUAGUACCUACCUAUAGGACGUUCGACUUUCAAUCCAGAGGUCGCGUGUUCAAAUCCUGGCGCGUACCAAUGAGUUUUUCGGAACUUAUUCCGUACUUAAGUUCCGAAAAACAUUUGAUAUUGACCACUAGCUUUUCGGUGAAGGAAAACAUCGUGGAGAACUCUAACUUCGAGAAGAAAGAUAAAUAAAGAAAAUAAUAAGAACGUUAUCAUAAUAAUUCUUGUUAUCUUAAAAUGUACUAACAAUAAAAUGGCCACAAUCUGAAACUCUGAAAUAAUUAUGUAAGAUAUAAAUGCUCUUUUAUUUAUAUUAUUUAUUAUUAAUAUAAUAAUUAUAUCACAACCUCUUUUAAGUCUCGAAACAUGGUAGUGGUGAAUGGUAAUGGUACUGGAACUUUGUUUUUUUUUGUACCAAUAUGAUCUGCAUGUAUAUACGUGUAGUCUGUGCAAAUAAAUUCUUUGAAUCUUUGGUCUACUUUAAAUUGGUAUAUAUCAACAUACCCACCAGAAAACAGUACGUAAUUUAAAUUUUUUAAAUAAAUUUUAUACUUUGGAGCUAAUUUUGGACCAACGAAGCCACAUUUUAGGGUAAACCUUGGGUAUUCGAUGAAACGUUAAAAACAAACAAUACAUCAAGGUCUACUCGGCCGGCAAGCCCUUCUUCCCGGCCUUGGGAUUUCGAUUGUAAUUCAAGAAGACGAAUGUGAAAAGUUAAUGCAACGAAUAGUAAUGGGGUUAUAAAAGUUGGGCACUUCCCGUGUUUGAUUUACGAACAAAAUGUGGGCAUUUCCGACAUAUAUUUAAUAAAAGUAGAUUACUUUACGUCAUAAUUCAUUAAGAUAAGCGACAGAGUCAGGAAUCUGGUUUCAUAAACUCAAUUGCACCAUCGUCAGCUCUUGUUUAUUGCUUAGAUACCGAAUAUAUUCAAAUACACUUAUCUUGGGUUUAUACUUUGUAACAGACUAUAAUAUAAAACUAUUACUUACUAUCUCGCAGUUCACCGCUUAACUCCAUAGGCGCGUCACAUGUUGGAAAAAUGCAGGAAAUCGGAAGACAAAUCGACGGGAGGCGUCGAAAUGGCCUUCCAGAUAUACAAGAAAAACAAGAAUCCCAAGAAGUGACCUACGAUGACCUGUUGUCUUCGGCCGGCGAGUUCGGCCUCUAUCAAAAAAUCUUAUUCAUAUCCACAUUUCCUUUCUAUGCAUUCGGAGUCGUGUCGUAUUUCCAACAGCUGUUUAUUACUGAAGUGUCGCCGAACCAUUGGUGCAAUAUUCCCGAGCUAGCGAAUCUGACCGCACUGCAGCGCCGGGCGCUGGCUAUCCCCGCUGAUGCAGACGCUAGGUUCGGAUACUCGCAGUGCUCAGCUUACGUCGCCAACUGGAGCGCCGAGCUGGCCGCCGGCCGCACCACCCCCGACCCCUCAUGGCACACCGAACCCUGCCGUUACGGCUGGGAGUUCAACUCCACCGAGAUUCCCUAUCCGACCAUCUCCAGUGAGUUGGGGUGGGUGUGUGACAAGGACAGCUAUCAAGCCUCUGCGCAGUCAAUCUUCUUCGUCGGCUCCAUCGUGGGAGGAUUCUUAAUCGGCUGGAUCGCAGACCGUUUCGGCCGGCUCCCCGCCGCCGCCGUUUGCAACGUGAUCGGGGGUGUUUCUGGCGUCAUCACUAUCUUCACAACAAACUUCGUCCAGUUUGCCGUUUGCAGAUUCUUCAUGGGAAUGUCCUGGGACAACUCCAUGCUGAUGGUGUACCUCUUAGUGCUAGAGGACGUCGCACCAAAAUAUAGAACGAUCAUAGCGAAUCUGCCGUUCGCUAUUUUCUAUACUAUUGCAGUUUGUAUUUAUCCAUGGAUAGCUCUCGCUUGUAAUAAUUGGAAAGUAUUUUCUCUGGUCACGAGUAUACCGAUGACAUUUGCGGUGUUGACACCUUUUGUGAUGCCAGAGAGUCCCCGAUGGCUCUUGUCAAUCGGGCGUGUAGAUGACGCGAUUAAAAAAAUCCAGAGAAUUGGUCAAGUUAACAAGAAAGAAGUGUCCUCGAAGCUGAUCGAACAAUUCAAAACAAGCCUUUCUAAACAGAAAGUAGAGGCCAAAUACGGUGCAGUUGAUCUUUUUAAGCGAUCUCUUCUUAGGAACAUGUUCAUCUGCAUAUGUGUCGGAUAUAUGUGUUGCAUGAUAACAUUUGAUUCUUUAAUAAGAAGCAUAGGGCAGCUAGAGUUCGACUUUUUUGUAUCGUUUUCGGUUAUUUCUUUUACUGAGUUUCCUUCUUUGGCGCUGGUCUCAUUUAUCUUAGACCUGACAGGGCGAAAGUGGUUGUCAGUGUUGACGUUCACUAUCGCUUGUGUGUUCAGUGUGCUAACAGCGUUCUUGGGUGGUGGAUUGUCGUCAGUUCUCUGUGCGGUGGUGGCCAGGUUUGCUAUCAACAUAACUUGCAACACGGUCAUGCAAUGGGCCACUGAGAUGCUGCCGACGGCUGUGAGAGGCACAGGAAUGUCUAUUGUACAUAUCUGUGGCUACGUUGCGACUGUCAUUUCGCCUUUCAUAGUGUACUUGGAAAUUUAUUACACGUGGCUGCCGCUCGUGAUCGUGGGUGGGGUGGCAGGAUUCGGGUCUGUGAUAGUCUUAGGUCUUCCAGAAACGGCUUCAAAAGAACUUCCUCACACCUUUGAAGACGCAGAAACCUUGAUCAGAGAUUCUAAGUUCAUUGAAAUACCGUGUUUGAUGAAUAAGAAGAGCCAAGCAGAGGGUCAUGAGAAUAAUUCUUUUGAAAUGUAGUGUGUCAAAACUUUGUGAAUGCGUUUAUAUGGAAAAUAAAUGUCGAAUAAAAGAUGAAUGAUGGAUGUGUUUACCUAGAUAAUCUUUAGAGUGGCCAACUUGGGCAUCAAACCCUGAUCUCUCAUCAAACUAAGCCUCCUUAAACAAAAUCCGUAUACGGUAGGUAUACUUACUCUACUGUACUUUUCUCUGAACUUUUUAAUUAUUUCAAAGAGUUCAUAUGAAUUAAUGAUUGUGUCUAAAAUAUCGUUUUGUAUUUCAUUGAAUCGUGUGUAACAAUGUACCUACUUGUGUUGUGUAUGAAUUUUCGAAACGGAGAAAUAAAAAUAAACUGUUUA